UCGUCAUGCGUGACAGCAUCUAAUUAAUCAUCAACCCUGUAACGUGAUCUCCAGCCUAUAAAAGGGGAACCUUCAGAGUCUUGUAAACCUGACCACUGGCCUUCACAGACAUCUCCAGACACAAGGACUUGUCUCUCAGGAGGAGCCCAAGCUAAUGGGUGCCCGCCUCAGCCCUGAGGCCAACGCUGAGGUGCCCAGCGAGGCCCUUAGUUUCCAUGGGGAUGCCACCGGCGCGCAGGUGCAUCUGGAUGACCUGCGGAGCACAGCGCACAGGCGCUCUACGUUCCAUGAUGGAAUCGUAUUCAGCCAGCGGCCAGUGUGGCCCGGUGAGCGUGUUGCGCUGCGCGUGCUGCGACAAGAGAAAGGCUGGUGCGGUGGCCUCCGCGUGGGCUUCACGCGCCUCGACCCUGCACACGUGGCCGCGUCCUGCUUGCCGCCUUUCGUGUGCCCGGACCUAGAGGAACAGAGUCCCACGUGGGCAGCGCUGCUUCCGGAGGGCUUCGUUCGUGCGGGGAAUGUGGUCUGCUUCUGGGUGAACAGGAGAGGCUGGCUCUACGCCAAGGUCAACGCUGGCCGCCCCCUCGUGCUACGCAAAGAUGUACUGGUCCAGGGCGCCCCGCUCUGGGCGGUGAUGGAUGUGUACGGGACCACGAAAGCCAUUGAGCUGCUGGAUCCCAAAGCCAACGCCUGGAUCAUCAGCGGGGAGGCUGUGCCAGAGUCUGAAGUUGUAUCAGGAGAGGAGUGUGUCAUCUGUUUCCACAACACGGCCAACACCCGCCUCAUGCCCUGUGGCCACUCACACUUCUGCAGCUCCUGUGCCUGGCACAUCUUCAAAGACACGGCCAGGUGCCCCAUGUGCCGCUGGCAGAUCGAGGAGGUGGCUGUGGAACCUUCACCGAAGACUGGAGAAGGCUCCUGAAGAGAGAGCUUCCUAGAGUGGGCGGUAGAUGGGACUUGGCUCUGAGACAGGCCUCUGUGAAAGGAAAAACCUCUGUCUGGACAUGGGUCAGCAAACACGGUCAUAGGCCAC